AAUCAUUAUUAGCCCCUAGCCCACUCUUACUCUGUUCACUUUGAAUAGCUGCUCAUCUGAUGGCCAUUAGUUGAAAUCUACCAAGUGAAUGGUGAAUUGGUGAUAUUUAUGAAUGGCAAUGAGUGGUUAACUAUCGUUUGCAAGUUUUAUAAUUGCAAAUGACAGGGAAAAGCGUUACUCUCAAUUUCAUGAAACUAAAAAACAAACACCCAAUUUAAGAAACAACACCCUGAUCAAAGAAAUCCCAAGGAGGUGAACCCAUCGAGAACUAAAAUCAAGCACAUGCAGACACUGUGUAAAGAUAGAAAGAAUGAGAUUCUCUUUAUAUAGAAGGCAAAGAAGAAGAUAGUGAUUAAAGAAGAAGCGAGAAGGUGGGGAGGAAGUGGAUUUUCUCAUGGGGAUAACCCCAAAUGACCCACCACUACCAACCCCACUCUUUCAGCAAUUGUAGAUAUAAGGAAACGCAAGAAAAUCACGCUGCAACAGAAGAAUGAAGGCCUGAGGUGGGUGAGAAAUACUUGUGAAUUAAUGUCUCUUACACCGAGGAUGGGGAAGCCGAACUUCCAAGCUAGAAACGUUUACAUGAAUGUACCAUAUAACAUGAGUAGGCUAAUAUGAAUUUUCGGCUCACAAAAUCUUCUUCAUUUUCAAUUGGCUGUGAGCUAGCCAGUUUGAGAAUAAGCUAUAGAAAGAGAAAAAGAUAAAUGGUGAUUACAGAGAAGAACGGAAAGAAACUGCGAGAACAGAGUGAGUGAGGGAGGGAUUGUAGAAAGAGGACUUAAAUAAAAUUGUCUUGUAGAAUGAGGACUUAAAUAAAAUUGUACUUAAUAUUAAAUGUUAAAACAAAAAGAACUGUGUUUUUAUCAUUUCACAAGGUAAAUAUUAAGACAUACCGUGGCCUUCUAAUACGAGCAAGGCCGGCUGUCUACAGCAAAAUGGAGAUGGGCAACGAAAUCACAGAAAUCCAAGAGACAAACCCAAAGCCGAAUGAAUCUUCGCAGACUGAUCCUAAUCCGAAUCCGAAUCCGAGCCCGAAACCUCGAACGGUCAGGACAAAGGUGCCGGAGGUGGAGAUCCAUCUAUACCGACGAGGCAAGGGUCCGAUCGACGUGUUCAAGUCGAGCUUGGGAGGUUGGGACCAGGACCAGCUGGAGGUUCGAGAUAUCCUCGACAAGUAUGGGUUCAAGUCCGUCUACGCUUUCAAUCCCGACUCCGGCCGGGCCGCCCCGAUCAGGUUCAAUGGGAGGAAUGGGAAGUCUAUACUUGGGUAUAGAGAUGGAUCGGUGAUAUACAUCGAUGGAGAUCCAAAGGACUCCCUGAUCAAACCUGUGACCAAGAUAUUGUUUGGAGUAGCAGUGAUAACCCUUUUCAUAACAAUGGCAGUGAAAGAUCCUCCUGAAUGGAUUAAAAAAUCAAACUUUUUUGGUGGAAGCUUUCCCCCAUGGAUCCUUGCUUGUGCAGUCAUUGUUUUCACUCGCAUGAGGAAGAGAACUAGGGACUUCUUAAAGAAGCUUGGCUGGUAAAUGCGUUGCCUUUGGGUGGGCAUUGUGGUUUUUUUUUUUUUUUGGGUUUGGGGGGGGGGAGAGUGGGGGUGGUAAGUUUUGAAGUGAAGUUUUGUAUAAAACAACCAUUAUAGAUGCUAAAACAAUAUUACCUCAUUUUGGUUUAGUGAGGUGAUGAUUGAGGACUUCAUUAUAUCAUAAAUAGAGCCAGAGAAAAUUAGGUUCGAUACAUUCACCAUCAAUGUCUCUCCAAAAAUUACAAAAUUUUUUUGUUGAAUUCCCUUUUUUGCGAUGCCCUUUGUAUCUGGUAAUGAAAUCUAGUUUUCUA